AUGGAGGAAUUAAAUGAAGAGGGGGGUGACAGUGAUGAUGUAGAAGGGGAGAAUGGUGAUGAUGAAGAGGUUGUAGAAGAGGGGAAUGUUGAUGAUGAGGAUGAUGAAGAUUUUGAAGAUGAAGAUGAUGACAAUGGGGAUGAGGACGGGGGUGAAGCUGAUGAAAAUGGAUUUGAGGAGGAGGUUGAAGAUGAUGAUGGAGGGCACUGGUCUUCUGGCUCUGAUGGUGGAGAUGAGUUUAUGGGUGAUGAUGACAAUCGCGGGUCAGAGUCUUCGACUAAUUCAGAUGUUUACCGGCGCACUCCUAGGAACUUUGAUCACAUUUGUUCAAAACUUUCUUUUGGAGGUGGUGCAAAGAUGAGUACUACUAUUCCAAGUUGCAUAAUUCAAUAUAAGAAUUACCAUAGAUCUGCUCUGCCUCUUCCUAAUCAUUGGAAGUCUUUUGUUUCUGCUUUUUCGGCUCCUGUUCGAGUUCAACGUGGUCCUGGAGGGCCAGCGUGGAAUGAGAACUUUGUGGCUGACAGUCAUGUUGAUCAUGGUGAUAUUUUGAGUGUGCGUUAUGUUGGUCAGGGAGUUUUUCAUAUUCAAGUGUUAACUGUUAAUGAUGAUGAUGAUGAUGCUGAUAACUAA